AUGCAAGUAAAGAGCACUGCGACCUCGGCCUCGUCCGUCAUCCGUGACACGAAGAAUCUGCUCGCCAACACGUCCACUGCCAAGCCAUUGAAUUGGCGGGCAAUCCGCAAGUUUCCGGCAAUGCCUGUGCGCCACCCCAGCCGCUGCAGCGAGAUCGGUCGACAUUUUCCGGAGUUGGCGUCCAGAAGCCAGGACGUGUUGAACACGUACGAAACUUAUGCAUGCCAAACGGCCGCACACACUUUCAUUGUGGAUCCUUCUGUGGCUUUGACUGCUGAGCUGGCAGAGCUGAGAGCUGGAUGCAUCAACGCGUAUCCAUGGCCACAGCUGCGGCUUGCGGUGAAUACGACACACGCGGAGUCCCUGUACAGGCGAUGCGACAGUGCUUGCCGAGCAGUUGAAGAUUGGAGUCAGCUCGGAGUAGUCGAAGUGGACUCGGAUCUGCUUGUGAUUCCCAGCCUGCGCUUUCCUGCGCAGAUGGCUUACCAGCACGCGCUGCUGGACUUCGUGCCGCAAGCAUGGACAGCUUUGGACACCGUCAGGAGCUCUUCCAAGAAGAUCUUGACUCACCACGCAGUCCAAACGGAGUUCCUGCAACUCCUUGGAGUCGACAAAGCCAACAUCUUCGAAAUCCCCUUCCCUGGUGAAAACCGCUCUGACGAGUUUCUUGUUUGCGUGGCUCCGCACCGCACGAUGCACCUUUGGCGGGUCUCUGACGAUGGUCGUCCUCUACCGACCUUCGCCUUCGGAGACAGCAGACCUGAUGCAGACCUUUGGCACCGAAUGAUCAACUGGCAGGUCGGGCCUGAGAUAGCUUCAGCGAUUGCAGAGCGUGCCGGCAUGGAGGACCUUGCAGCAUUGCCGCCACGGGUCAUUUUCUUGCAGCGCUGCAAUGCCCGUCGUCCAAUCAUCAACGAACAGAUGGCUUUGGCGACUGCAAGCCGAGUAUUACUGGAUUCGAAUCGCACAGAAGAGCUGGUGUCGAUCUGUCCAGGCCGCAUGGAUGCCGUGGACCAAGUCCGAGAGGUUCGAUCAGCGCGCCUUGUUCUGGCAGAGCAUGGGGGAGCGCUGGCCAAUGCAAUGUUCGUCAAGUCGGAUGCAGGCAUCAUUGAAUUCGUCGGAAGCGCACAAGCCCAUGCCGGACAGCCAGGAUACUGGCCGCCGUACAAGAGCUUCUGGUACGGCGGGUCCGCGGCAACUAUGAAGUUCUACAGGGCUGUGCAGUACGAGCCAGAUUCUGCUGGGGCCUGGAACAUUCGGCUGGAUGACCUUGAGGAAGCUCUUCUCCAGUGGAUCGCACAGGCCGCCGCCUCCUAUGCGGUCCAGCCAUUGAUUCGAGCUCUCGCGGUUGAAGACCACCCGCACAGGUACGGUGCUAACAUCAACUCCCGGAAUGAAUUGUUGGGAGGUGGCACGGCCUUGCAUGUCGCGCCCGUGUCUCAGUCACGCAUGGCAUGGUUUGAAGGCAUGGAAGCCCUUCUGGACCGAGAUGCAAGACAGGAUGCCGGCAACAAAUCGUACAUCUCAGACAUCGACUGCGAGAUCGACCACAACACCGACCGGCACACGAUUGAAAAACAGACCACCGCGCAGACAGCACAGUACCCACCGGGACACCGGACACCCGAUCAAGACACGACCGGGACACUGACCGAAACGCGACCGAUACACUCACCGGGAUACGACCAGGUACACCGACCGGGAUACGACAGGGACGCGGAUCACGACACGACCGGGACACCGCAAGAUUUUCCCGUGUGGCUGUCAAAGAAGCUAUUGCGCAACCAGUAUAAUGCUGCAGGCUGCAUGCGAGCAGAAUUGCUGCAGUGGCAAGGCACAGGCCCGAAUCUCCAAGCAGAUGAGUUCGGAGCUUUCAUGGGCUUGUCAUGGGCCUCCAUGUACUUCGGAGGCCUCUGCUCUCCAUGGCCGAGCGACGGUCAGGAGAUGUCCGACUUUGAGCCGGUCACAGCCGGGCCGGCCUUUCAGGCGGAGUGGGCCAAGUGGCAGAAGCAGCUACGUGAAUGGCGCCAAGCUUACGAUGAGUGGCGCCAAGUGCUCCAGCAGCUCCAGGAGUGGGAUGAGAAGGAGAGCAAGGGAAUACAGCUCCCCUCCAUUGAUCCCAACUUCGAUGUUUUCGGCGUGGAGAACAUCCUGGAUAUCGGAGAGGGCGAGCCUCUCUUCGGGAAUUUCGAAUACGAGGACUGGCUUCUCCUCAGCACCAGGGUGGAGCUGCACUUGCUGGUACACCACUUCCGCGACGACACUGGCGGUGCAGUCUUGGACGAGUCCAACCUGGCUCAUUACUACAAAUGCUACUUCAAAAAGAACUUCAAGCCUGAAGACUUUGCAGUCAAAACUGCGGAAGAGGUUAUUCUCCUGGUGGAGGACUCAGUUUGCAUUGAGAAUGCCCUGCUGGAGCACAAGCUUCCGGAGAACACCUCUUGGUUGCAUUUCCUGAAGUCGACGGAGCAGCUGCGGCGGGAGCGGAUGCAAGCCCUUGAGGCCGGGGAUGAGACUGUAACUCUCAGUUUCCCGGGUGCCGAGAAGGAGCGGGAAGCUGCCAGGAAGAAGCAGGCCGCAAAAGAGGCUGAACUCGCCGAAGCAGGCAAGGAAGAGCUGCGACCACUGGAGCGACGGAGCAGGCCAAGCGGCCCCAGCGGCCCUGCCAAGCGGCCUCUCCGGGAGGGGCUCCGGGAAGCCGCUCAAGGCCCAACCAAGACCCUCCGAGUUGACGAAAGGCGAGGUGGUGAUCGGGAAAGAGAAAGAUAUGGCUACCCUGCGCGACGUUCCGCGUGGGGCACGCGCGACGAGCGUCCACCGCGAGAACGGGGUGAUCGCGAAAGGGACAGACAUUCAGACCGGUAUCCUGAGCGGGAUUUGUACAGUACCGGUGAGAGAAGACAUCUUCAGCCCGACUCGCGAAACCAUGCUGCGAUCGGAAGCCGAAUACCUGGCAGCCAUUCCCAGCAUGACCGCAAUUACGGAGCUGAUCGGGUCGCAACCCGCACCCUUGACACGACCCAGCGCGGUGUGACAAGACCCAGAGAACUCAGUGCCUACAGCCGGGACAGGGACAGAGACGCAGCUCGGAGUCGCGAAGCGCCGCGCUCCUCCGCCACUUCGAUCCCGAGCGCCUCGCAGGGCUCCGGCAGGGAUUCGCGGCCAAUUGGCGCCGUGGGUCGUGACAAGCGUGAUGCACCCACCACGCCUGGUAAGGGAGCUGCGGGCCAUGGCAAGGGAACGAGCAAAGUCUGGCGACAAGAGAGACACUUGGACCCUCUGGAUGCCUUCAUGGCUGGUAUGGAGCGGCAUGGCGAGGCCUUUGCAACGGGCGACGUCGCUCCGGAACCGCCGAAGCCACCGACGCCACCACCGAGGCCCGACAGACAUCACCGUGGGGGUGACGGCUAUCGAGACUCGCGUGGCUACAGGCCUGAGGCUGUGCGACGCGACUACGGUGACUACGGGGAUGGAUACCGGACUGAGCCUAGCCGUCCUACGGCCUACGAUCGAGGCACGACGGACAGCCAGAGAAGGCAUGAGACCGCUGACGGACGCAGGCCUUCUGAGCAUUGGCCGCAUGGCAUUCCUGCCUAUGGUGGCAGCACAGAACCUGUCCGCAGCGAUUCUGGGUACCGUCACAGCUAUGGUGGCUAUGGCCAUGGCAGUCACGGUGGCUACGACGGGUACCAGACCGAGGAUCGCGGCCGAGGCCUCCGUGAUAGGGACGCAGGUGUCCAAAGUGCGCACUACGACGUCUACGAGCGCCGAGAUGGCCGAGGCUAUGGCCCUGGCCGUGUCAACCCGCAGGACCUGUAA